ACAUCUCUGCAUGCCGGCGGUGUCCUAUCCAAUAAUUUUUCCUUUGGCCUCACACUUCCGGAGAUUUUCCAAACCUUCUUUAUUCCUCUCCAGCGGUUUGUAGGGCGUUCUUUCGCCGAUAUCCAUCGAUAGAUUGAAAUGGGCUCUUCGAAGACGAUAAGGCGGCUCGAGGUGACCACGCCGGUGCCGGCGGACAUCGACGUAGCUAACUCGGUGCAGCCGCUGCUCAUAUCGGAGAUUGCCGAAAGCCUUGGCCUCAAGUCCGAGCACUACGAUCUCUACGGAAAAUACAAAGCCAAGGUGCUUCUCUCUGUCCUCGACGAGCUUGAUAGGUCAGCGGAUGGUUACUACGUUGUAGUCGGGGGUAUCACUCCGACGCCCCUCGGCGAGGGGAAAUCAACAACAACCGUUGGGCUCUGCCAAGCUCUAGGUGCUUUCCUUGAUAAGAAGGUUGUCACUUGCAUCCGUCAACCAUCUCAAGGUCCAACUUUUGGAAUCAAAGGCGGUGCUGCAGGUGGUGGUUAUAGCCAAGUGAUUCCCAUGGAUGAGUUCAAUCUUCACCUAACAGGUGAUAUCCAUGCCAUUACCGCUGCAAACAAUCUACUUGCUGCUGCCAUUGAUGCACGAAUUUUUCAUGAGGCAUCACAGUCUGACAAGGCUCUAUUCAAUAGGCUUUGCCCACCCAACAAACAAGGCCAGCGGAGUUUUGCUAAUGUCAUGUUCCGACGUUUAAGGAAACUUGGGAUUUCUAAGACAAACCCUGAUGAUCUUACGCCUGAAGAAGUUAAAAGUUUUGUUAGACUAGACAUUGACCCAGAUUCUAUCACUUGGAGAAGAGUUAUGGAUAUCAAUGACCGUUUUUUGAGAAAGAUUACUGUCGGACAAGGGCCCGAAGAGAAGGGAAUGGUAAGAGAGACUAGCUUUGACAUAUCAGUGGCUAGUGAGAUUAUGGCUGUGUUAGCCUUAACGACUUCUCUUUCAGACAUGAGGGAAAGAUUUGGUAGGAUGGUUAUUGGAAACAGCAGAUCUGGUGAGCCAAUCACUGCUGAUGACCUUGGGAUUGGUGGUGCCCUGACUGUUUUGAUGAAGGAUGCCAUUCAUCCAACGCUAAUGCAAACCCUGGAAGGAACACCAGUUCUUGUACAUGCUGGGCCUUUUGCUAAUAUAGCUCAUGGUAAUUCAUCGAUUGUUGCUGAUAAGAUUGCCAUUAAGUUGGUUGGUAAAGGUGGGUUUGUGAUCACAGAAGCAGGUUUUGGUUCUGAUAUUGGCACUGAAAAGUUUAUGAACAUAAAAUGUCGUUAUAGUGGUUUAACGCCUCAGUGUGCCAUUAUUGUUGCUACGAUUAGAGCUCUGAAAAUGCACGGCGGUGGCCCAGAGGUCGUUGCAGGGAGGCCGCUUGAUCAUGCUUACCUAAAUGAGAAUGUAGCUCUUGUAGAAGCUGGUUGUGUAAAUCUUGUUAGACAUAUCUCAAACACAAAGCUUUAUGGUGUGAAUGUUGUGGUUGCAAUCAACAAGUUUGAAGCAGACACUGAUGCUGAGAUGAAUGCUGUGCGAAAUGCUUCUUUGGCAGCUGGUUCUUUUGAUGCAGUUGUGUGCACCCAUCAUGCUCACGGUGGAAAAGGAGCAGUUGACCUUGGGCUUGCAGUUCAGAGAGCAUGCGAGAGUCAUACACAGCCACUAAAAUUUCUUUAUCCUCUUGACUUGAGCAUUAAAGAGAAGAUUGAGGCCAUAGCCAAGUCUUAUGGUGCUGCUGAUGUUGAGUACUCAGAACAGGCUGAAAAGCAAAUUGAGGUGUAUACUAAGCAAGGGUUCUCAGAUCUUCCCAUAUGUAUGGCUAAAACCCAGUAUUCAUUCUCCCACAUCCCUGCUAAAAAAGGUGCACCAGAGGGGUUUGUGCUUCCCAUUCGCGAUGUUAGAGCUAGCAAUGGAGCGGGCUUCAUCUACCCACUUGUUGGAACAAUGAGCACAAUGCCAGGGCUUCCAACAAGGCCAUGCUUUUUUGACAUCGAUUUCGACAUCACUACUGGUAAAGUACUUGGUCUCUCUUGAGAGUUUGGUUCUGUCCUGUUUCUUCUCAGUCUUGAUUGUUGUGGCUAUAUUGCUGUCUAUUUGUGUUGAAUAAACUAUUGUACACGGCACUGGUUCUCUUGUUCUCUUAAUAAAAUUGAGAAGUUUUUUUUUUUUU